AUGCACUUAUCGACUGUCUUUAUUCCCGGCCUGUUGGCCGUUGGAGUCACUGCAUCACGAGGCCAAAGGCUUCGACGACAAGACGGUCAGGUUGACCCCGGGCAGCCAUCUGACUGCACCUGGUGGGAAACAAAGGAAGAGGACUACCAAGAUUGUACUUAUCUUGAAGAGGGCUGGAAUCUUAAGCACUCGCAAUUUGUCGAAUACAACCCCAGCGUCAAAGAUGAUUGCAGCGGCAUGCAAUUUGGCCACUCAUACUGCGUCGAGGUCAACAACGGUAUUCCUCGCAAGGGAGAGACUACGACAACUCAAGCCGCCGAACCUGAGCCUACCAAGGACUCCAAGCCUAGUCCAACUCAGGCUGGGCUUAUCGAUACGUGCACGUCCUUCUACCAGGCCAAGAAGGGAGAUUCGUGCGCCAAGAUCAUUUCUGACUACAAGACAUUUGACUUUGAUGACUUUUACAAAUGGAAUCCGGCUGUUGACAAAGACUGCAGUGGGAUCUGGGCUAACACUUGGUAUUGUGUUGGCGUUCCUGGGACGCCUACUUCUCCCCCAACACGAACAGCUGAGUCUACAACCAAGCCAACAGGCCCCACAAAGCCCACUGCUACCCAGGAGGGGAUCAUUGAGAGCUGCACCGCGUUUCACCAGGCUGCCAAAGGUGAAACAUGUGCAAAGAUCGUGGCUAGUUACGGCACAUUCGACUUUGAUUCCUUCUUCAAGUGGAAUCCUGCUGUUGGUAAAGACUGCAGCGGUAUUUGGGCCAACUACUACUACUGUGUCGGCGUCCCUGGCACGUCUACUAUGAAGCCCUCUGCGACGUCGCCUAAGCCAACAGCGACUGGCGGCAUUGAGACCCCUUCGCCCAUUCAAGAAGGCAUUGCGAAGAACUGCAAUAAAUUCCACCAGGUCGCAAAGACUACUACCUGCUCUUCGAUCGAGUCAUAUUACAAGCUGCCGCUUGCGCAAUUCCUUGCGUGGAACCCGGCGGUUGGAAAGGACUGUAGUGGCCUCUGGGCUAAUUACUGGGUGUGUGUUAGCGUCGAUGGGUACAAGCCAGCCACUACGACAACCGCUAAACCCACUACUACCAAGCCCGCGAACGGGAUUGAAACGCCUUCACCCAUUCAGGAUGGGAUGGUCAAGAACUGUGAAAAGUUCCACCAGAUCAAGUCCACCACUACCUGCACCUCCAUCGAGAACUACUACAACCUCCCACUUUCGACAUUCCUGUCGUGGAAUCCCGCUGUUGGUAAGGACUGCACGGCAUUGUUAACCAAUUACUGGGUCUGCGUUGCCACUGUCGGUUGGAAGCCCCCCACCAAGACCACCACUAAACCCACUGCCACUACCACCAAGUCUCCAAACGGUAUCUCGACGCCACCGCCGAUCCAAAACGGCAUGGUGAGCAAUUGCAACAAGUUUCACAUGGUGACCAAGACCACAACCUGCGACUCCAUUCAGAAUUACUACAAGAUCUCAAUGGAAGACUUUGCAAAGUGGAACCCUGCUGUUGGCUCGAAAUGUACGGGUCUCUGGGCUAACUACAAUGUCUGCGUCGGUGUAAUUAGCGGUACCCCGACCAAGCCCAGCACUGGUGUCAAGACGCCGUCGCCUAUCCAGUCAGGCAUGGUAAGCAACUGUAAGAAGUUUCAUCCAGUCGCCUCCACGACAACAUGCGACUCGAUUCAGAAGUACUACAAGAUCACCAUGGCCCAAUUGGUCAAGUGGAAUCCGGCGAUCGGGGCCAAAUGCACUGGGCUUUGGGCAAAGUAUUAUCUAGGCCAUUGGGGUCUUAGAACUUAA